AUGUGGCUGGUCCUCUGGCCUUUAGUCCCAUCCGAGCUCCCCCAUUGGCUGCAGACUGUGAGAACCUCCAGCAAACCCAGGACUCACACAUUCAUAUGGAGAUUAGAGAGUAUAAAUAGAGGAGGGAGAGAGAGAGAGCUCAGCACAGCUCAGAUCUUCUCCUCACAGAGAGCUAACAGAAGAAACACAGCCAUGGCUCCUACAAUCACUGCAUCAAUCAUCAACUCCAACCACCUUCUUCCACUUACUAAUAAGCUGAGAAAGCCAAUAGUGGAGAAGAUGCGUAGAGAACGCAUCAACAGCAGCAUCGAGAAGCUCAAGUCUCUGCUGGGUGGAGAAUUCCUAAAGCAACAGCCUGAUUCCAGACAGGAGAAAGCCGACAUCCUGGAGAUGACAGUUUAUUUCCUGAGACAGCAGCAGCAGUCACACAAGAAGUGGAGCUGCUCCACUGCAGCUGAUGAAGGCUACAGCAGGUGUGUGCAGGAGGCCAUCCACUUCCUGUCUCAGUGUCAAGUACACACUCAGUCCCAGAGAAGACUGCUGAGCCACUUCCUCACCAUGCAGCCUUCCAUGGAGAAGAGCAGAAGUGGCGUUCCUCAGCUCAGCUCUCCAGCCUGCCAGAUCAGCAGCAAAGAGGAGACUCCAGGCUGCAGUGGCCUCUGGAGACCCUGGUAGAGCCGCAUGGACACUUUACCAUUAGGAAACCAACUUACAAAUGCCAUAUUGGCAUUAACUACAGUUUCCUAAAGUGUGUUGGAAUAUUUUGUCCAACUUUUCAUGGACAGAAUAUGACAAGGUGCUUUCCCUAUGGGAACGCAUGUGUAGAUGUUUCCAUCACUAUGUUUUGUGAAACUUAAAAGAAAAUUGCACAUUCUAACUAUGCAAGAAGAACAUAUUCUAAAAUAUUAUGUUUCUUUCUAAGAAAACACUACUGCUUUUGCUUUUGCUACUGCUUUUUUAUAUCAUCUCUUAUUAUAUAAGAAUUGUCUAUUUGAAUUAUGAAACAUGAUUUUAAUUUUGUUUAGGCUAUUUCAUCUGUUAUUCAUAUCUAGUAUGAAGAAUUAAGUGCAAAAUAUCUGUGAUAUUGGAAAAGCACAAGUAGAUUUUUUUAUUACUCUGCCACAUUUUUACUAUGCAAGAAGAACUGCUGCAUCCUUCAAAGAUGUUUUAAACUUUGAAUUUAUAAAGACAAGCUCAUAUUGGGUAUAAACUUUUACUGUAUUUGCAGUACAUUUAAAUUCUGCUUUCAUUCACUGAAAGCUUUUGCUCAUUUUUAUAUAAAGCAAAAUAAUUAUCUAGAAUCUAAACAUUUGAGUGUGAAAUGUCUGUGACAUUCUGUGAAAUAUCUAGCUCCUAUGGAAUGAAACAUUUGUAGUUCUGUGUUGUUUAUACACUGAUGCAAAAUUGCUUUUUUUGAUUGUGCAGAAAAUGCAUUGUUAUUUGUAAUUUUAAAAUUCUCCAGACUGGAAAUGAUGAGACUUUGCCUUCAGUGAAGGUGAUCAAUGUUAUGUUGUCAGGACACUGAAUGACUAUUGCCAAAAAUGCUCUGAAAAUAAAUCAAAA